AUGAUCCCAUCACUCCCUCGAUCGACUUCCUACUCCUCCUCCGACUCGGACUUCCUCAAGUACGACGGACUCCGCGCACACCUCAAGCUGCAGAACAUCGAUUUCGUCUCCGAUAACGACAUCCACGCCAAGAAAAAGAAGAAGUUUAAGAAGUACAAGCGGAUCGUUAUCUGCUGCGACGGAACAUGGCAGCGGUCGGACGGUGUCGAGAAGGCGCCUCCAUCGAAUGUGACGCGGCUGUCGCGGGCCAUAAAGUCAUACUCGAAGCACGACAAGGUGCAGCAGAUCGUGUACUACAUGCGCGGGGUAGGCACGAGCGGGAAGCUCGAUAAGGUUCUUGGUGGCGGAACUGGUGUAGGACUCGACGACAAUAUCCGCACAGUGUACGGAUUCCUCGCGCACAACUACCACAAGCACGAUGAGAUAUUCCUGAUCGGAUUCUCGCGAGGCGCCUACACGGCGCGCUCCGUGUGUGGGCUGAUCAGCGCUAUCGGCGUGUUGACGAAGAAGGGGAUGAACGAUUUCUGGGAGGUGUGGAGGACGUAUACACGCAACGAGUACACACCAGAGAAGAUCCAGCAGCUAUGGGCUAAGGGCGAGAAGUAUGUCAUUCCGGUCAGGAAGGUGUGCAUCAAAGCGAUUGGGUGCUGGGAUACCGUCGGAGCGCUCGGGGUCCCGUCGAUAGAGAUAAAGCUUCCCUUUGUGGGCAAGAAAAGGGUCACUACAGUAGACACGGGCCACAAACAGAUUGGAUUCCACGAUGUCGGACUCUCCGAAGUUGUUGAAAACGCCUUCCACGCCCUCGCCAUUGACGAGCACCGGGGCCCCUUCACACCAACCAUGUGGAAGAAACCCGUCGGCUCCAAAACAAACCUUAAGCAAGUCUGGUUCCCCGGCGUGCACACCAACAUCGGCGGCGGCUACGAAAACCAAGAGAUCGCCGACGUAACACUCGGCUGGAUGAUCCAGCAACUCAGUCCCUUCCUCGAAUUCAGCAGAACCAACCUCAUCGAGAUCCUCCAGAACGACGUACACGACGAACUAACAGGGCUCAAGAACCCAAUGCUUCAGUGGGCAGGCGGGAAGAUCGAGAACUCGGCGGAUAACCUGCUGAUGUGGCUCAUGAGCGGGGUGCAUAGAUCGCCGGGGGCGUAUCUGGACGAGGAGGAUGAGAAGCAGGGGAUGCGCACGCAUGAGAGCAUGCACAGAUCGGUCAGCAUCAGGUAUCGCAUGGACCCGAGCUGGAGACCGGCCGCGCUCAGGGGAUGGUCCUAUGACGAGAUAGAGGAUCGCUGGGACCACUUAGAUGGGAGGUCGUUGAAAGAGGAUCCGUUGGAGGCGGCCGAAAGGUUUCUGGCGGGGAGGUGGGUAAUGGAGAAUAUGUGCCAUGAGAAGUGGUCGCCGACUUGGUCGAGGUGGCGUUGA